AUGGCGCCAAGCUGGCGAGGCGCUAGUCCAGGCUCCAGCAGCGCGGCUGCAAAAGUGGCCAAGUGGAAGCGCAAAAGUUCAAAGGGCGACUUGUACCACCUCCAGAACAACGCGCGCCUGAGUCCUCUAGCAUUGGGGUUUGCUGCUGUUGUUCUUUUCUCCUUCACCGGCUUUGUUGCAUCCCACCUGUGGAAUGCUGUCCCGACAGGUGCCGGCAAGCAUGAGGCAGCGGCCUCGGUCGCACUUGGCAAAACUGCGGGGCUGAAGUGGAACACCGACGGAUGGCUUCAGCCAGACCCACAGCAUCAGCAGUAUGGAGACGACUACCCGACCUUCUUUGAGGCACAAGUCAGUGAAGUCACGAGCAAGACAGCUGUCAAUGGGCUGAGCAGUACAGCUGUCGAUACACAGAGCAAGCCUGGAUUCAAUGGCCAGGUCAUUCGCAUGACGAGAAAGCCGGGUUCAGUUGCCCGUGGCCGCGUGGAGGGGCGGGUGAGGUCAGCAGGGCUGUGGGGGGGCGAGCGCAACUCGGAAAGCGACGGUGCUAUUGGGAGCGCAGAAGAGGUGGCGGCGUCAUUCGCGUCAAACGCUGUGCAGAAUGUGGACAAAGUGGCCACGACAGCUGGCGGUCAGUCUGGAAACGGGGCAGAGAACGGACAGAUCCCAACGUGGCUCGGAGAGGAAGGGGGCUGGGCGCCAAAAAAGGUUGAAGAGGGGGAGUCGGAGAAUGGUGACCAGACUGCUGCGGUCGGAGAGGACGGGGAGCUAGAGACGGAGCUGGCAGACGAGGCGCGCAAAGUGAGCUCCGCCGGGCUGUUUGAGUUCCUGUGGAAGCCCCGGAAAGAGGACCUGACCGCGUUGAAAGAGCGCCAGCUGUCGAGCGGCCGGGAAAGGAGCGUGGCAAAGGACCGGGCCCGCAACCCCUGGGAUGACGGCGACGACCGGCCAAGGAAGCUGCUGCUGCCACGUGGCGGCCUGCAGGGCAUCGGCGGGCAGCUGCUCCGGGGGGACUGGAGAAGCGCCCACAAGGAGGAGGAGGGGAAAAAGACAGCUGGCAGCGCGGAAAAAGGACAUGACGUGGGCGCCCAGAAGGGGAGUGUACAAAAGCACGCGGCGGGUGCGGAGAAGAAGGGCGACCAGGUGAAGGUGCAGAAGCAAUCCAACGGUGGGAAGCAGAGGAACGAGGAGGCAUCCGACGGCCAGAAAUGGCCGUGGUACCAGUGGCAGUGGAGGGCGGAGGAGUCGGAGGUUGAUGACCGGUCGCAUCAGGCUGUGAAGGGUGCCCAAGUCCACGAGAACAGGUCUGCGUCAAAGGAGCAGCUUGAGGAGAUUCCCGUCGCGGCUCAGCUGUCGAGAUUGUGGUUGAAGGGGCCGGUUCAUGAGAAGCACGAGAGGCACGUGGAGCAGCUGCAUUAUGCCUCGGUUGAGUAA